AUGGAUGUUGGUCCAAAACGAGAUUUAGUUGGAGAGUUAGCUACAGCUAUUCGAAAUCGAACAAAUCUUGUUUUUGGUUUGUAUUAUUCAUUGUUCGAAUGGUUUAAUCCAUUGUAUCUAAGAGAUAAAUCUAACAAUUUUACUACUCAAUACUAUUCAAAAACAAAAGCAAUACCAGAACUAAAAGAAGCUGUAGAAAUAUACAAACCUGAAAUAGUUUGGUCAGAUGGUGAAUGGGAACCACGUGAUACCUAUUGGGAUUCGACUGGAUUUUUAGCAUGGUUAUACAAUGAUAGUCCUGUGAAAGACACUGUUGUUGUGAAUGAUCGAUGGGGUAGUGAACUUUUAUGUAAACAUGGUGAUUUCUAUACUUGUUUGGAUUGUUACAAUCCAGGAAUUUUAAUCGAACAUAAAUGGGAAAAUUGUUUCACAAUUGAUAAAAGCUCUUGGGCAUAUCGUCCUAUUGCUAAUAUUGAAGAUUAUAUGACAAUUGAAGAAGUACUCAAACAAGUUGUCACUACAAUUAAUACUGGAGGAAAUGCUUUGAUUAAUGUUGGUCCUAAUAUGCAUGGAAAGAUACCACCAAUAUUUCAAGAGCGUCUUCGACAGAUGGGUUCAUGGGUGAAAGUGAAUGGUGAAGGAAUCUAUGGUAGUAUACCAUGGAAAUAUCAAAAUGAUACAAUAAAUUCUGAUGUUUGGUAUACAUCAUCAAAUGAUGGUAAAUUUGUGUAUGCUUUUCUUUUGAUAUGGCCAAAGAAUACAACAGAAAUAAUACUUGGGGCUCCUUUGAGUUCAUCAAGUACAGUUGUGAGACUGCUGGGUUCAAAUGGUGAUUCACUUCCAUGGCGUGUAGCUAGUGGAACUCGUGGUAUUGUCAUCGAUGUGUCGCAGGUCGAACUCCAUUUACUUCAAAGUCGAUGGGCAUGGGUAUUCAAAUUAGAAUAUCUAUUACCCGAGGAUAUAAUUAAUCCUACUCCUGGUCGCAGUUCUCCUCUUUCUUUCUGUACUUCUUUGCUAUUCUCCGCGCUUCUAUAUCUCUUUUAUAUAGAAUUGUAA